CCACAAGUUGCGAACUCAUGACACAAGCACAACUCCACCCCUCUCUAGAACUCUUGCUUGCUUGCUUGGCCUGUCCGUUUCUCUCUCUCUCUACUGCGUGUUCCUCUCUCAUCGCAUCAACAAGGAGAGCAAGAGAUAGAGAGAGAUGUCGAUGAGCUUCCUGAGCAUGGUGGAGACGGAGCUGCCGCCGGGGUUCCGGUUCCACCCGAGAGACGACGAGCUCAUCUGCGACUACCUCGCGCCCAAGGUCACCGGCAAGGUCGGCUUCUCCGGCCGCCGCCCGCCCAUGGUCGACGUCGACCUCAACAAGGUCGAGCCAUGGGACCUCCCCGUGACUGCAUCGGUGGGUGGCAAGGAGUGGUAUUUCUAUAGCCUAAAGGAUCGGAAAUAUGCGACGGGGCAGCGCACAAACCGAGCUACUGUGUCAGGGUACUGGAAGGCAACCGGGAAGGAUAGGGUGGUGGCACGACGUGGUGCGCUAGUGGGGAUGAGGAAGACAUUGGUGUUCUACCAAGGGAGGGCCCCUAAGGGGAGGAAGACGGAGUGGGUGAUGCACGAAUACAGGUUGGAGGGUGCGCAUGAGCAAGCUUCCAAGGUAAUAAGCUGCCGCUAAAACCCUAGAUCAUGCAUGAAACAAAUGAACAUAUCAUAUGUAAUGUUCAGUGAGUAGCGGUGUGCAAAGCCAUCGAUUGAUUUAUUUAUUUUCUGUUAUGCAAAACAUAUUCAUCUGCAUAGCUAUGACCUAGGUAGGUACAAAUUGGGUGGGCACAACCAAUCGUAUAGGAGAUUUUUUGCAGUGUAUAAGCUUGUAUUUAAUAGUUGUUUUCAAGUUUGACGUACUGUACACAUGAGAUGGACUUCUUGACCUGUCACUUUCUGUUCAUUUAUUUAUAUUAAAAAGAAAAGAAAAAAACCAUCUACUUAUUGGUUGCUACUUGCCAAUUAAUUUUCUAGGGGGACUGGUCAUUUUCAUCCACCGGUUUUGUUGCGGUAGACGUCCUAUUUAAUAAGGACUAAUUUGUUCUAAUUUUUAAAAUAAAUAAAAGGACAAUGGUGGACUGAUCUUAACAUGUAGUAUAGGUUAGCUGUUAUGGAUAAUGACAACUUAUACCAACUACUUGAAGUACCAUUUUCUUUCGUCUCAAAUAGUUCAAUGAUUUUUAUUGUUCAAAUAGUUCAAUGAAGUUCAUAUUAAACAUUGUUUAAAAAGAUAGUAGAAGCACUAAACUUUCUUGGUGUUAUGAUUUUUAUUGCGAUUUAGCAUAAAAGCAGACACACCACCACAUGGAUGCAGUCGCACAGAGGCGCUCCUCUAAAACACACUUACAACUGAUAGAGACCGGGAAUAAAUAUACGGUUCUGACAAAGUUCUUAAUGAAUUUCAUAUGUAAACUUGUGGUGACUUUGGAAACAAGUUGGUCAUCUAUAAUCUAGGAUAGUGGAGUAGACUAGUUAGAUUCUUAGCAAGCUUUCUCGCAAAAAAAAAGAAGAUUCUUAGCAAGCUGCAAAUAGGUAAACUUAUCCAAUCCAAAACAAAAAGAGGUGAUCAAACAAAGUAACCAAAAUGUAAAAGGUAAAACUUAUCCAAUUUUCCAAAAGAAAAGGAAAAAUUCUUGGUUGGAUGCAUGAACCAAUUAGGGUUACAUAGGAUGGUCCUGUCCACAUCACUUCACUGUGACAAGUGAUGCACUCAAGAGCAAGUACAGUGACAGUGAUCACCAAGAUCUCAUUCACAUCACCUUGUAAGACUGCACCUACCAUUGAACUACUGACCAAUCAAUGCUCUCUUCUUGAUCCUCCAUGUGUUU